CUGUCCUAGAGCAUGUAGCACCUCUAUUUUUUUUCCCUCUCCAAUCCAGCCACUUGUAGUGGCACCUGAACGAUCUACGUGGCUUCUAUCAACCUGCAGAUUCUCUACAUAGUAUCAUUUCUUCACUUAACCAAGGCAGGAAGUCAACAACUGAUCGACAAAUGAGCAUGGAGAUUGCUGAAGAGUGAGUGGUCGAUCUUGAGCCCAAAAAUGACUUCAUCUUGAGGCUAGAGACCGACAGAUCUGGUCAAUUCAUCAUGCGUACAGAGGUUAUUAAGGCGGACACCAUUGAUGUGGCGUCGACAGAUUCUGGUUGAACUUGGGAAAGACACUACAAGCAGCAGAGAGAAUGCCAUCUACUUUGAUGGCUGGGAUGGUCUUGGGGCAUCUGCCGUCCUGCAAACCGUAGCCAAACGCCUUGGAGUAUAGCCGUCAACGAGGCCUGCAGGGCUUCAGUUUGAGAAAAUCAUCCACAUUGACUGCUCAAAGUGGGAGAGCAGAAGAGCAAUGCAAAGGGAAAUGGCAGAGCAGCUGAACCUUCCCAAUUGGGUGAUGCAGAUGUUUGACAAACAAGAUGAGGAGGAUGAUUUCAAUGGGUUAGACCAGGGCUCCCGGACCGAGAUAGCACAAGUUGUGAGAGAGAUCUAUCAAACCACACAGAAUCGAAGAUUUUUGGUGAUUCUGCAUAAUGGAGGCAAUGAGGAGAUUGAUAUAUUCGAUUUUGGCUUUCUCUAUAUGGAUAUGCCAAUAGCAAGAUGUUGUGGACUUUUCGAGGCAGGUUUCGGCUUGACCCCAAGAUGACAGACAAUGUGAAGAGCACAACAACACAUAUUCUUUUUUCAGCUUCAAGAUAUAGGCGAGAUUGGCAAGAGCUUUGGUCUUAUCUAUUUCGCCAUGAGGCUGCAGAACUUUCCUGCAAUAAGCAUAGCCAUAUCUUCAUUGAUUCAGCGGUUCUUGCAGAGUGUGUCUUGUAUAUGUUGAAACAGUGCUGCAUCGGCUCUCACAUAGUUGACUAUGACUGGGCUAUACACACUGGUAACUAUUGGGUAUGCGAUGGGAUCAUCCCAUUGACAGACAUUGAAAAGGCAUGGGAAGUUGGUGAUGAUGUACAACACGAGGUGAGGUUGUUAAACAUUGAUAAUCGACUUACUAGUGAUGGAACAACAAUAAUGCUAUCCUCUUACCUAGCAAAGUCAGCCGAGCGCAUGCCAUACUGUAUUUCUGGAAAACAUGUUGCAGAACUCGCACAGGCUCCACGUGCUCAAGCUCUCAUGGUGUACCUUUAGUUUCUCAUCGCCUCCAUUCCUCUCUUGCCAUGGCUUGAGGUUCCUGUGGCUUGAGCACUACCAAGACGAUCUAAUAAGAAUUACCACAAAUCAUCACCACACAGAUGCAGACAAAGAGAAGGAUGAGAUGGACAACAACAGUGCCACUAGAUCGUGCUCAUGCAUCCAAAACUUGUGGGUGCUUGACCUGAGGUACACAGAUUGUGAUCAGAUCUUGUCCGCAAGGUUAAUUGGUCUCAUGACCCAGCUCAGGGAGCUAAAUGUCAUCGGUGCUGAAAACUGGGACAUGAGCCAUUUGCGAGCAUGGUUGUGUAACAUUCACAAGCUCCGGGUAACAAAUUCCACCUGCUGCUUCAACAACAUGUUCUCAGAGAUGGAAAACAUGGAGCUUCUAGAUUUUUCAGGAAAUACCAUCAAACAAGGCAUGACAAGCUUAUCGGGGCCAGCAAACAACAGUUGCCUUAAGACUAUCACUAUUGGUGGAUGUGAUGGGUUAAAAGUUGUCACUUUUAGGGGCUGCAAAGAAUUGGAGAACAUAUUCUUGAAAGGGUCUUUGGAGAGUCUCGAGGAGCUAGAACUCUCAGGCACAAGAGUGAAAACCCUUAACUUGACAGGAGUGGAAGCCAGAUCACUCCCCAAGCAGAUCAUCCUGCUAGGCUGCGAGAAGCUCCAUGCAAUGUUGUAGCCACUAAGUGUGACGAAGGAAGAGUUGCCGAAAGUGCUGCACAUUGACACAACAUCUUCAUCAGUAACAGCUUACGAAGGGGAGGCACCACUUGUGCAUCCACAUGUUGAUCUAGCCCUCCACCAGCAGAAAGAAGAAAUGUUUAAGGGUGGAUGGCAGAUUUCUCUCACGGAUACAAGGCUCCUUAGGUCGCUUUCUCCUUUAGGAGAUUUUUCAAGGGCCUCAUCCAUACAUAUUGAUAUCUAUCCUGCAGCUACUGAUGGUGGCACUGGUAGCAACAUCCAGGGAACAAGCAGUGAGACACCAGCGCAAGUCCAGCCGCAUACAAGUACAGUAAUGGACUCCAAGUACAGAGAUACCUUGAAGGAUGGGCCAGUUGCAGCAGUGACGAUGUGGGACUGCCCCAAAAUAUGUUUAGCGUGGUGGAAACCAAAUAAGACACCAUGUAUCAUAAGGGUGAUCAUACAUGGGCAGGACAACAAACUUUUGGAGGAUGCUCCAGAUGCUACUACUAGCACUUUAUUAUUGCCUGAUUUUAUUUGUGAGCAGGUUACAUCGCUGCACGUGUAUGAUAACCCGUCUAUCACCAGUGUCCCUGCAUCUCCCCACGGAUUAGUAUUGGAUAGUCUAAUAUGGUGCCGGGUAGAGAGGUGCCCCAAGUUGCACACUGUCUUUACUGUUCCUCAGGGCCCUUUUUGUCUGGAGACAUUCUGGGCGUCCCAGCUUCUCUCCGCAGUCUACAUCUGGGACAAACCAGUUAAAAGUAAGUUCAAACACAUCGAAAUCUUGCACCUGGACUACUGCCCCAGGCUUGUACAUGUGCUCCCCAUGUCCAUAUGGAAGAGAGGCACCACCUUUUCUAGCCUGGAGACCAUUGAGAUACUGUACUGCAGUGACCUCAGGGAGAUAGUGUACUGCGGUGACCUCAGGGAGGUCUUCCCUUUGGGCCCUGAGCAUCAACAACAGGAUAUAAUUCUCGAAUUUCCCAAGCUGAGGCACAUCCACCUGCACGAGCUCCCUACGUUGCAGUGUAUCUGUGGGCGCAGGAUGUCCGCGCCUAAACUCGAGACUAUCAAGAUCAGGGGCUGCUGGAGCCUUAGGCGUCUGCCUGCCGUUGGACGUGACACUAAACCACCCAAGGUGGACUGUGAGAAGGAAUGGUGGGACAACCUGGAGUGGGACGGGUUGGAGAAGUACCAGCACCCUUCCCUCUACGAGCCGAGCCACUCGCUAUACUACAAGAAGGCCCAGCUGCCCAGAGGCACCCUACUCAGGUGAUCGAUCUCUGAUCUUGAGCUUCUUUGAACGCAGCAUGCAUGAUUGCGAGGCAUGAAGUGCUACCUCCUACAUUACUGAAGCUUUCUUGCCGUGUGGGUUGCUUUUCCCAGCUUCCCGCUUGAUUGGUGUGUGGUGUUCUCGCUACAUCUGCGCUACCUUGGUACAGCGAUGCGACUUUCAGUUUGAUUUUGGUUUGGUUUGAUCAUCCUUGCUUCCCGAGCAAUUGAGGAGUAAAGCAGAGUAGGCUUUCAGUUUCCUCAGACCUGCAUAACUGAAGCUUUCCUGCCAUGUGUGCCUGAUUUCCCGCUUGAUUGGUUUGUGGUGUUCUCUACAUCUGCAUCGGCUUGCUGCGGCUUUUGGUUUGAUUUCGUUUGGUUUGAUCAUGUUUUGCUCGGAGCUCUUGAGCAAACGAGAAAUAAACCGUAGAGUGGGCAUUCAGCUUAUGCAGCACGCAUGAGCCCAUGAGCCUCAUGCUCUGAGUGUGGUGUUGUUUGUUACGGUACGAAAUUGCCGGCUAUGGACUGAUUGUGAUUUGUAAGCAUAACCGAUGAUUGUGAUCAUUUGUGUCAUUGUGUGUGCAUGGUG